AUCACUCUAAAAUAAACAACUUAAACAAAAACUAAAAUUUAUGGAAUGUGACAGGUAGAUGAUGACCUAAAUGCAGUCAGAGAGAACUAAAAUGACAAACUGUUUUAAAGUUGCACUUUCAGACAUUAAAAAGGCGCAUGAAAAAAUAUCACCAUAUAUUCACUUCACGCCAUUUUUCACGAGUUCUACACUUGACACUGUUGUUGGAAGGAAAGUGUUUUUCAAAGCAGAAAACUUACAGAAGACAGGAUCCUUCAAAGCAAGAGGGGCGUUAAAUGCUGUGUUAUCCUUAAAAGCCAGAAAUCCAGAUGUGAAUGGAGUUGUCACCCACAGCAGUGGAAAUCAUGGACAGGCAUUGGCUUGGGCUGCAAAGGUGUCUGGAGUAAAAUGCAGUGUGGUUGUACCUAACAAUUCACCAAAGAUCAAGUCUGAAGCGGUCAAAGGUUAUGGUGCUGAAUUAGUGUUCUGUGAACCUACACCAGCUGACAGACAAUCCACAUGUGACAAGGUUUCCAAAGAGAAAAAUUUUGCCAUUGUUCCUCCAUAUGACCACUAUGAUGUCAUCACUGGACAGGGCACAAUAGCAGUAGAGUUUUUGAAACAAGUUCCAGAAUUGGAUGCCAUAUUGGUACCAGUCAGUGGUGGUGGAAUGACCUCAGGAAUUGCCAUAGCAGCCAAAGCUAUUAAACCAAAUAUUAAAGUGUUCAUGGUUGAACCAGAUGGGAAGAUGUGCGAAGAAUGUCUAAGAGCAGGUCAGAGACUUUGGCCAAAUCCCCCAAGAUUUCUUCACACUAUAGCAGAUGGAAUAAGACUGCAGCAGUUAGGAGACCUGACCUGGCCAAUUAUUCUAGAACUGGUAGAAAAGGAGGUCUUCUCAGUGAAAGAUGAAGAUAUUGUGAAAGCAAUGAGAUUUGUCUUUGAAAGAAUGAAGUUGGUGAUAGAACCAGCUUCAGGGGCAGGAGUAGCCGCAGUGAUGUCAGAAAGAUUGGCGGCCAUGGAUCCCAGUAUGAAGAAUAUAGGCGUUAUAUUGUGUGGUGGAAAUGUAGAUAUUGACAAUCUGCCGUGGUGCUGAUUUUUUUUUUUUAAAAAGUUUUGAUUCAAAUGGGUACUUAUGAUAUAUUUCCAAUAAUGGUGCUUACAGUCAAAUGAUAAUUAAAACAUAUAUGGUAUUCAAUUAACAGGUAUAUAUAAAAAUACU